AUGGCCAAGAGAAGAACAAAGAGAAGAACUCACCAGAAACCCAGUGAAGAGGAUGUUGCCAAAAUACCCAAAUCAAUGGUGAUCCAUCUAGGUUCAUCUUUGAAAAAUCACUCAUUAUCUCAAUUGGUAUCUGACUUUAGAAAUGUCAUGCAACCACACACGGCCAUCAACUUACGAGAACGCAAGUCUAACAAACUAAAGGAUUUCAUAGUCAUGUGCGGUCCAUUGCAUGUGUCUGACUUAUUCAUCUUUAACCAAACCACAUCGGGGAAUAUCACUUUGCGUAUGGGCAAAUUACCAAGAGGUCCAACUUUGCAAUUCAUGGUAAACACCUACUCCUUGUGCAAAGAUGUAAGAAAAAUCUUGAAGCAUCCAAAAUCAGUGGGUAAAGAUAGUGCUGAGUUCCAUCAGCCUCCAUUAUUGGUGUUAAAUGGGUUCACUAACAACAUCAAUGAGAUGCCGAUGCAUGAGAAAUUGAUGGUCACAAUGUUCCAAAAUAUGUUCCCUCCUAUCCAGCCACAAAACACCAAAGUCAACACUAUCAAGAGAGUAUUGCUUAUUUCUAAGGAUAAAAUGACUGGACAGAUUGAGCUUAGGCAUUACUCCAUCAAUACCAAGCUUGUGGAUGAGAGUAAAAGUGUAAAGAAACUCAUUCAAUCGCAUCACAACUUGAAGAAGAAAUUGCCCAAAAUGACCAAUGCACAGGACGUUGCCGAUUUGAUUUUGGAUCCUUAUGCCAUUGGUGGAUUGACAUCGGAUAGUGAAGUGGAAGAUGACGCUGUUGUUGAAGUGCAACAUGAGGAAUUGCUCAAAAGACAAUCACAACCAAAUGAGAACCAACCUCAACAACAAGAGUCAAUCACAACGUCAAAAAAGAGAGCUAUCAAGUUGGUUGAAUUGGGGCCAAGGAUAAAUAUGUCGUUGUUAAAAAUCGAGGAAGGAUUAGUCGGUUCAUCAAAAACACUUUAUCAUUCUUCUAUAUCAAAGUCUGCUGAUGAAGCACAAAAGCUUGAUGCCAAGCACAAGUUGAAGGAAAAGGUGAAACAAGAGAGGAGAGCAAAACAACAAGCCGCUGUACAAGCUAAACUUGAUGCAAAGCAAGCAAAGAAACUCAGGAAAAAGGCAAGGAUAGCAGGUGAAGAUGGUGCCACCGAAGAUAGGAGUGGUGAUGAGGCUAGUGGCGACGAGGACGCUGAUGAAGAUGAAGACAUGCCGGAAAUUAACGCUGAAGACUAUGAGAAUGAUAGUGACUUGUACAGUGAUGUAGAAGUAUAG